AUGGUUACUGAGCUUGGCAGUGGCGAAAACAUCAAGUUGUUCUUUAUGCCUACUUACACCAAAAAAUACACGUUUGCUCCUCUUCCUUAUACCAGUCGUGGUGAAUCUAUCAAGCUCGAAGCGGACCCAAAGGGAAAGACAUUUGCUUAUACUAAUGGAAGGUCUGUCUUCAUUAGAGAUUUGGAGAACCCUUCUAUUGCUACCGAAUAUGCUGGACACAAAGCACAAACGACCGUUGCGCGUUUCAGUCCAAGCGGUUAUUACAUGGCUUCAGGAGAUGCUCAGGGUAACGUCCGUAUCUGGGACACCAUCAAUGAAGAACACGUUCUCAAGAGCGAAAUCCGACCUGUUUCUGGUAAAAUAAAAGACCUUGCCUGGGACAGUGAAAGCAAGCGUAUCAUUGCUGUAGGCGAUGGCAAAGAACGUUUCGGUCACGCCUUCAUGUUUGAUUCUCUCUCUUCCGUAGGCGAGAUCACUGGCCACACCAAGGUGAUCAACAGUGUCAGUAUCCGACACCAACGUCCCUUCCGUGCCGUGACCGCCUCGGACGAUUUGGCUGUCAGCUUCUUUCAUGGCGUACCUUUCAAAUUUGAAAAGACAAUUCGCGACCAUAGUCGAUUUGUACAUGAUGUCAAGUUCUCGCCUAAUGGUGAUCUCUUUGCUAGUGUAGGCGCGGAUGGAAAAAUCUUUGUUUAUGACGGUAAAACGGGAGAUAAGGUCAGUGAACUCUCUCAAGUAGAGGACAGUCACACAGGUGGCAUCUUUGCCCUCUCUUGGUCAGACGAUAGCACCCAAAUCUUAACUUCCUCUGCAGAUUGUACAGCAAAGAUUUGGGAUGUUGGCGCAAAAAAAGUCGUCAACACAUUCACGAUCAACUCGGCUUCAGAUCCUGUCAACAAUCAGCAGGUAGGUAACUUGUGGAAGGGUGACUACUUGAUUACUACAUCACUCUCGGGCAAGUUGCAUUAUCUGGAUAAGAACAGUGGUAGUAUCUCACGUCAUGUCGAUGGACACGCUAAAGCAAUCACAGCCUUAUCUGUAUCAGAACAAGAUACCUUAUUCACUGGUUCUUAUGAUGGUCGCGUCUACAGUUGGGAUUACAGUCAACAAGAACGCACAGAAGCUUGUUUUGUUGAAGGAGGUCAUGAGAACCAGGUGACUACUGUCCUUACUCAUGACGAUGUGCUUGUCACCACAGGCAUGGAUGACACAUUGCGUCUUGGAUCUACGAGUGCACGUAAUCUCAGUGAAAAGAUAACAUCAACAGGCUCCCUUCCUUCCUCGGCUGCUAUCUCCAAAGACAAGACAGUCGUUGUCACAACCCCAGAAACAGUCUAUGUCUACAACGAGAACUUGGAAAAGGUCGGACAAAUCGAAAAACCAGACUUUACGCCUUCAGUAGCAGACAUUAGUCCUGAUAGCAAAACAGUUUAUGUGGGCGGAAAGACGGAUAGUAAAGUGCGUAUUUAUAAUUUGGAAGACGGACAGCUUACAGUCACAGGCGAACUUUCCAAAAACAUGGGCAACAUCACCGCACUUGCCGUUCAUCCUGAACUCAACUUGAUCGCUGUAGGAGAUAGUGUCGGCAAGAUUUUUGUGUAUGAUAUUGAGACCAAGUCGACGGUCAUCCAGAGCUGGGUAUUCCACACAAGCAGAAUCACCUCCUUAAACUGGUCCCCCUGCGGCAACUACUUGGUGAGUGGUAGUAUUGAUACCAACAUCUAUAUCUGGAACCGUGAAAAGCCUAGAGAAAAGGCGGCAAUCAAGAAUGCGCAUGCUGAUGCUGUCAAUAGCGUCCGAUUCCUGAAAAAGACAAAUAGCUUGGCUGUCGUUUCGGUGGGUCAAGACGCAGCUGUUCGUGUUUGGGAAAUCGCGUUUUAA